CCGAUACAAGCCCACUUGCUUCGUCGUAUAAACACGUGAUGUUUACUUUUUUUUAUAAAUUUUUAAUUUUAUUGUAUCUUGUUCUGUCAACUAAUCUCGGAGAUAAGGUUGUUAGCAGCAGAAAACGGAGAGAUUUCAAAAGAAAGAUAGAGACGCUUUAUCGAAUCUCUCAGUGUCGUAAGCAAUAAAUCGAGUUUUUACUCCAUUUGAUUGCACAAUUAUGCGUAAAGCAGCGUAACAUAAUGUUACGUAUAUUUUCAUAACGUUUCAAGUAAAACGUCACGUGCAGAGGGGCGUGCUCAGCGUCGAUUCGCUCUUCUAUGAUGACCGAUGUCGCGCGAACACGAUAAUUGACGAGUCGUAUAUAACAGCGAAGGCGCCUAUAGAAUCGUGAUCAGUGAAGUGAUAUACAACGAUGGAGAAUGGAUCGUUCGCUGUCAUCCGGUCUCCCGAAGGUAUACGCGGCAAAACAGUUUCAAGUCUAUCUGAGAAAAUACGAAAACGAUGACAAGUUGGUGAUUCUGGAAGCCGUAGACAGGCCAGGGACAAAACCCGGUGACAAUUAUGCUUCGGUGUUGAUUAGAACGAAACUCGUCGGUAGAUGCGGAGACGGAAGUCCAUACGCCAAGACUUUUAUGACGAAGAUGAUCGAGUUAAACAGCAAACUCACCAACUUGAUAAACCUUGCCGAUUUAUUCCGCAUAGAAGCACUUGCCUAUACAAAAGUUUUGCCCGAGCUUGGACCUUUUGGUCCUCGAUGUGUACAUGCCGACCCGAAUACUAUAAUAAUGGAAGAUUUGGCGGAGAAAGGAUAUGUCAACUGUGAAAGGCGCAACCUCUUAGACUUAGAUCAUACCGUUUUUGCUUUAAAGAGACUCGCCCAAUUACACGCGUCGGCUCUAGGAAUAAAGAUUAAUAAUAAAUGCCAAUUUGAGAAGUUGGACGUGCAAAUAGAAGAAGUAAUCUACAAGGACAAUUCUGAAACGUCGGCAAUGAGAUCGUGUACCGAAGUAUGUGUGAAAUCGGUGGCACAGUAUUUAGAUGCAAUGGAGCUACGAACGCAGGAGUGGCAGGAUGUUAGAGAUCACAUUGCCAGCUGGUUCGAUAAAACUUACGACGCGAUGCGUCGGCUAUUUGUCGAGCCGAAGAAAAAGUACGACACGAUCUGCCACGGUGACCCGUGGAUCAAUAAUUUGCUCUUCCUGCAUGACAAAGACGGCAGAAUAAUCGAUUUGAAGAUGGUAGAUUAUCAGAUACUCAGAUGUACCUCGGUGUCCACGGACAUCCUUUAUCUCAUAUAUAGCAGCGUGCAAUCAUCGUUGAUCGAGAGGAGUUUCGAGAGCCUCAUCAAGAUCUAUCACAACGAGUUACUCAAUCAGCUCCGUCUAUCGCACGUAAGUGAGAAGAUUCUGGCAGAGCUCGGGAUGGAGUGGCUGAACGAAGAAUUGCAAACUUACGCGUUUUACGGAGUGAUCUGCGGAUGUUUUUUGAUGAAUCCAGUCAUGGCUGAAGAUGAGGACGUUCAACAAUUUCAAGCGAUUGAGUUUGGCCCACUGAAUCCGGUUUACCUUGCCGACUUGAAUUCGAAAAUGACCCAGAAGAAACUCAAUCGCAUCAAAUGCAUUAUAUUCCAUUAUUACAGGAGGCUUCAUCUGGGUAUUAUUAAUGACGAUAUCGAACCAAUUACGAGUUAAUAUUAAGAUUAGAUUGCUUAGAAUAAUCAUAAUAAUGAUAGAGGACAAACGUUAUAACGCAAGCAAUAAGCGAACGAAAAAAAUGUUUUAUCUAUUAAGUAUAAUUUAAUCUACUAUAACGUAAGGUACAUUUCGACUAUACCUACAAUUAAUUUUUUUCAGCGUUAAGGUAAAGUAGAAUUUGAUUUAAUAUAAAUUUGAAGUAUUACGCGUUAUAACAUUGUGAAUAUUGAACAACAGGAUCAAAGAUAGUUUGACUGAACAACAUAUAAAUUAUCUGAAUAACAUGAAAAUAUGACAAGUUGAUAAAACGUUUCUCAUUAAACUAUGAACUCGAAAGUAUAAAUAAUAUAAUGCUGACAAGAUUGAUAAGAGGCUAAUAUAAGUUAAUUCAUUUUUAUUAAUAAAUCAAAUUAUACAUUACAUCACUUUAAAGGAGAAGGCUAACUAUAGCCGAAACAUGUGCAUACGUUACUUUAUAGAUUAAAUUUUAUAGAUCCUUUUUCUUUUCUAUCAGGCCGAAUUCUUUCCUUUCUAUUGCUAACCACGAUAAUGUUUAUUGCCUAAUUGCUUAAUGAACAACAGUAAAGUGUGGUAUUUACUGAAAUAUAAAAGAAAGUAAUCGUAAUUUAAUUCUAUGUUACUUACACAUGCAUCGAUGUGUGUGAAAAGAGAAGGAACUUAUAGAUAUAUAUUUAAUACCUAAAAAUACAGCGACUUUCAUGUUAUUAACCGUGGAAUAUCUAUUUUUAUAAUGUACAUAUGUAAUAUCUUUGCUUUAAAUUUUAUUAUCGAUUUCCGUAUGUAAAAAUGUUAUACAUGUACAUGUUAAAAAAUUUGACAUUAUUGUUUAAAUAGUCUUAAAUUUGAGCCAUUUUAUCGAAAUACCUCAACCAAAUGUAUUUCUAAUACAUAUAAAAUAAUUUAAAUUAUUGUCUAAAUGUAAGUAUUAGAAAUGUUCCUGUAAUUAUUGCUUGCGAGACAUGCUGUGCGUUUUGACAAGUGUGAGAAAAUAUAUUACGCACGAAUAAAAAUUAUUUGAGAAAUAAUGCAGAGGA